AUGAGCGCACUACACUUCAUUGUUUUCGCUAUUUCGUUUUUAAUUAAUGUAUCAGGUUGUUUUUCUUUCUACUCUAACUUUGCAUUCGGGGACUCCAUCGUCGAUGCUGGAAACAAUAAUUACUUGCCAAGCCUCUCCAAGGCCGACUACUCACCUUAUGGCAUCGACUUCACGCCAUCUGGUGGAAAGCCCACCGGAAGAUACACAAACGGGUUCACCAUUGUUGACAUAGUUGCACAAGCGUUAGGAGCCAAGGCACUACCGUUACCAUCUCUAUUCAACAACGCAACAUCUAACGCGAUGCACGGUGGAAUAAAUUAUGCAUCUGGAGCUUCUGGAAUACUGGAGGCAACUGGUACCCUAUUUGUUGCGCGAAUUCCAUUAGGAAAACAAAUUGACCGUUUUAAGCAGACCAGGGCUGAAAUGGUUAAACAGAUGGGGGAACAUGGCGUACAACAUCUUUUUAGGAAGGCAAUCUUCUCGGUCACGACGGGAUCAAAUGAUAUUAUAACCUACUACUUGCCAAAUCUUCCCUUCGUUGGCAACUACGCUGUUUCCCCUACGACUUUACAAGACCUCAUGGUCUCUAAUAUGACUUCACAUCUCAAGCGGUUGCAUGAACUAGGGGCUCGAAAGAUUGUGGUAGUAGACAUAGGACCCCUUGGUUGCAUACCCUUUGUUCGCGCUAUACACCUUCUACAAAUGGGAACCUGCCAUGAAGAAAUGAACAUGCUAAUCCGCGGAUACAAUCAAAAGCUACGUUUGGCCGUACAACGCUUAAAUCAAGAGAUCGGCCCUCGUUCUGUUUUCGUGUAUGCAAAUUCCUAUGAUGUCAUAAAUGGGAUGCUACAAAAUUAUCGUGACUAUGGAUUUGAAAAUGUGAUGGAUCCUUGCUGUGGAGUAUCCUUUCCUCCAUUUUUUUGCUUCCGCGUUGGAGAUGUAAGUGAGAUUAGCUCAAAUAUUUGCGAAGAUCGAUCAAAGCAUCUAUUUUGGGACUCGUAUCACCCGGGACAAGCAGCAAAUUUUAUCAUAGCUCAACAUAUGUUAAAUGGCAAUGAAAGCAUAUGUUAUCCUAUGAACGUUCGCCAACUUCAUAAAUACAAGCUUCCUCAAUGAAUUUUCGAAGAUAGAUUCAUAAAGACAAGCUAGCUAGGCUAAUUAAUCAAUCAAUCAAUUAAGAUUUGUAUUAUCGUAGUGUGUAGUUUUAUGUGGUUGUUAUUAGAUCAUUAAGUGUGUUUGUAAGUUAAUCUGUGGUUUGCUUGACUAAUUAGGGAGAUGUUUAAUGUAGUAGUACUACUAAUAGGAGUUUGCUAACUCGAUGGUGAUAUUAGAGUAUGAUUUGUGUAGUAAUAGUAUUUAAAACUUGAAGGAAUGGUCUUUUUAUGCUCUAA